AUGUCGCUCGAGGAGGCUGCCCAGACCUUCUACGGUCUCGAGGAAUACCCGUGGAACGCCGCGGCAAAGAGCAUCGUGUACGUCAAGUCGCGUCUAUCGUGGAUCUUCGAGACGUACACGGACGGUGGCCUGGUGUCCUCCGGCCAAGUGGACCAAUUCACGACGGGUGCCUACUACACGUACCUGCUUGAGAUGGACGACGAUGGAACCAUCAUCGGUGGUGAGUGGGUCUACAAAUCGGACGAUGACCACCCUGAUUUCAUUUGGUUCCCUAAGGAGAAGCCUGCUGCUGAUACGGUGACCAGCAUUGGUCUCAGCUACGCAGAUGUGAGCAUGCUGCUUGCAAAGUCCGUGGCUUGCUCGGACUCGUCUGCUUCGUCGUCCGCUGGUUCUGAGCCUGCCGGUUCCGCCGGCUCGUCAUCGCCUUCGUCGUCUACGUCAUCCUCGACCGCUGCUUCGACCUCGGAUUCGGCUGCCAGCUCUCCGGGUGUGACGGGAUCAGCGUCGACUGGCUCAGCGACGUCGACGAGCGCUUCCAACAACCAGGCUUAAGUCUCCUUCGGCGAGCUCUUUUGCUUCCUACUGUUGGAACGUUAACAGUGUACUUCUCAGAAACUAGUAGCGUAACGAUGCUGUAGAACAUAGAACUCUACCUUUGUUCAUUCACCCCUCAAACAAACAACGGAAAACAUCGCUCUCGUACUCGGAUGUGAGCAUGCUACUGCAGAAGUCGG